AUGUUAAUUUCUGUCUCUCUCCCUUUCGGUUUCUUCCUUUCUCUCUAUCCCAUUCUCUCUCUCGGUUUCUUCCUCUCUCUCUCUCUCUCUCUCUCUCUCUCUCUUUCGGUUUCUUCCUUUCUCUCUCUCUCUCUCUCUCUUUCGGUUUCUUCCUUUCUCUCUCUCUCUCUCCCUUUCGGUUUCUUCCUUUCUCUCUCUCUCUUUCGGUUUCUUCCUUUCUCUCUCUCUCUCUCCCUUUCGGUUUCUUCCUUUCUCUCUCUCUCUCUCUCUCUCUCUCUUUCUGUUUCUUCCUUUCUCUCUCUCUCUCUCUCUCUCUCUCUCUCUCCCUUUCGGUUUCUUCCUUUUCUCUCUCUCUCUCUCUCUCUCCCUUUCGGUUUCUUCCUUUCUCUCUCUCUCUCUCUCUCUCUCCCCCUUUCGGUUUCUUCCUUUCUCUCUCUCUCUCUCCCUUUCGGUUUCUUCCUUUCUCUCUCUCUCUCUCUCCCUUUCGUUUCUUCCUUUUCUCUCUCUCUCUCUCUCUCUCCCUUUCGGUUUCUUCCUUUUCUCUCUCUCUCUCUCUCUCUCCCUUUCGGUUUCUUCCUUUCUCUCUCUCUCUCUCUCUCUCUCCCUUUCGGUUUCUUCCUUUCUCUCUCUCUCUCUCUCUCUCCCCUUUCGGUUUCUUCCUUUCUUCUCUCUCUCUCUCUCUCUCUCUCCUUUCGGUUUCUUCCUUUUCUCUCUCUCUCUCUCUCUCUCCCUUUCAGUUUCUUCCUUUCUCUCUCUCUCUCUCUCUCUCCCCUUUCGGUUUCUUCCUUUCUCUCUCUCUCUCUCUCUCCCUUUCGGUUUCUUCCUUUUCUCUCUCUCUCUCUCUCUCCCCUUUCGGUUUCUUCCUUUCUCUCUCUCUCUCUCUCCCUUUCGGUUUCUUCCUUUCUCUCUCUCUCUCUCUCCCCCUUUUCGGUUUCUUCCUUUCUCUCUCUCUCUCUCUCCCCUUUCGGUUUCUUCCUUUCUCUCUCUCUCUCUCUCCCCUUUCGGUUUCUUCCUUUCUCUCUCUCUCUCUCCCCCCUUUCGGUUUCUUCCUCUCUCUCUCUCUUCCUUUCUCUCUCUCUCUCUCUCCCCCUUUCGGUUUCUUCCUUUCUCUCUCUCUCUCCCCCCUUUCGGUUUCUUCCUCUCUCUCUCUCUUCCUUUCUCUCUCUCUGUUUCUUCCUUUCUCUCUCUUUCGCUGUUUGUUUCUGCCUUUUUCUAUGUUUUCUCGUACAUUUCUUUCUCUUUAUCUAUCUGUCUUUGUUCUUUUCAUUAUUCCCCCCUCUCUACUCAAAUAUAAUUACUCUUUCUUUUUCUUCACAUAUAUUUUACAUAUUUCUAUUGUCAUUUUUUCUCGUUCGAUUUUUUCUUCUCUCUCUCUCUCUCUCUUUCUGUAUUUGUUUUUUCUAUCUCUUUCUGUAUUUGUUUUUUCUCUCUCUUUCUGUAUUUGUUUUUUCUCUCACUUUCUGUAGUUUUUUUUUCUCUCUCUUUCUGUAUUUGUUUUUUUUCUCUCUCUUUCUGUAUUGUUUUUUUUCUCUCUUUCUGUAUUUGUUUUUUUCUCUCUCUUUCUGUAUUUGUUUUUUUUUCUGUAUUUCUUUUUUUCUCUCUUUCUUUUUUUUUUCUCUCUCUUUCUGUAUUUUUUUUUUUCUCUCUCUCUCUGUAUGUUUUUUUCUCUCUCUCUCUUUCUGUAUGUUUUUUCUCUCUCUCUUUCUGUAUUUUUCUCUCUCUCUCUCUUUCUGUAUGUUUUUUUUCUCUCUCUCUCUUUCUGUAUGUUUUUUUUCUCUCUUUCUGUAUGUUUUUUCUCUCUCUUUCUGUAUGUUUUUUUCUCUCUCUCUCUCUUUCUGUAUGUUUUUUCUCUCUCUCUCUUUCUGUAUGUUUUUUCUCUCUCUCUCUUUCUGUAUGUUUUUUCUCUCUCUCUCUUUCUGUAUGUUUUUUCUCUCUCUCUCUCUCUUUCUGUAUGUUUUUUCUCUCUCUCUCUUUCUGUUGUUUUUCUCUCUUUCUCUUUCUUUCUCUUUGUUUUUUUCUCUCUCUCUUUUUUCUCUCUCUCUCUUUUUGUUUUUUCUCUCUCUCUCUUUCUUUCUUAUGUUUUUUUCUUUCUCUCUUUCUGUAUGUUUUUUUCUCUCUCUCUCUCUUUCUGUAUGUUUUUCUCUCUCUCUCUCUUUCUUAUAUUUUUUCUUCUCUCUUUCUCUUUCUUUUUUUCUCUCUCUCUUUCUUUUUCUCUCUCUCUCUCUCUUUUUUUUUCUCUCUCUCUCUUUUUUCUUUUUCUCUCUCUUUCUGUCUGUUUUUUUUCUCUCUCUCUUUCUUUAUGUUUUUUUCUCUCUCUCUCUUUCUUUAUCUCUUUUUCUUCUGUUUUUCUCUCUCUUUCUUGUUUUUUUUUCUCUCUCUCUUUCUGUAUGUUUUUUCUCUCUCUCUCUCUUUCUGUAUGUUUUUUCUCUCUCUCUCUCUUUCUGUAUGUUUUUCUCUCUCUCUCUCUUUCUGUAUGUUUUUUUCUCUCUCUCUCUUUCUGUAUUUUUUUUCUCUCUCGAUUUCUGUAUGUUUUUUUUCUCUCUCUUUCUGUAUUUUUUUUUUUCUCUCUCUUUCUUUCUGUUUUUUUUUUUCUCUCUCUCUUUUCUGUCUUUCUUUCUCUCUCUCUUUUUUUUUUUUCUCUCUCUCUCUCUUUCUGUAUUUUUUCUCUCUCUCUCUCUUUCUUUGUUUUUUCUCUUCUGUCUCUUUUUUUCUCUUUUUUCUCUCUCUUUCUCUCACUUUUUUGUUUUUCUCUCUCUCUUUCUGUAUUUUUUUCUCUCUCUCUCUCUUUCUGUUUUUUCUCUCUCUCUCUCUCUGUUUCUUUUUUCUCUCUCUGUUCUUUCUCUUUCUGUAUUUGUUUUUUUUUCUCUCUCUCUCUCUUUCUUUCUGUGUUUUUCUCUCUCUCUCUCUUUUUUUCUCUCUCUCUCUCUUUUUUUUUCUCUCUCUCUCUUUGUUUUUUUUUCUCUUCUCUCUCUCUUUCUGUUUUUUUUCUCUCUCUCUCUCUCUCUUUUUCUGUUUUUUUCUCUUUUCUGCUUUCUUUUUUCUCUCUCUUUCUGUAUUUUUUUUCUCUCUCUUUCUGUAUGUUUUUUCUCUCUCUUUCUGUAUGUUUUUUCUCUCUCUCUUUUUUAUCUUUUUUUUUCUCUCUCUCGAUUUCUGUAUGUUUUUUUUCUCUCGAUUUCUUUGUUUUUUUUCUCUCUCUUUCUUUCUCUCUCUCUGUAUGUUUUUUCUCUCUCUCUCUCUCUUUUCUGUAUGUUUUUUUUCUCUGUAUUUGUUUUUCUCUCUCUCUUCUCUGUAUUUUUUUUCUCUCUCUCUCUCUCUGUCUCUUUUCUGUUUUUUUUCUCUCUCUUUCUGUAUGUUUUUUCUCUCUCUUUCUGUAUGUUUUUUCUCUCUCUUUCUGUAUGUUUUUUCUCUCUCUCUCUUUCUGUAUUUGUUUUUUUCUCUUUCUGUAUUUGUUUUUUUCUCUUUCUGUAUUUGUUUUUUUUCUCUCUCUCUCUUUCUGUAUGUUUUUUUCUCUCUCUCUUUCUGUAUUUUUUUUUUUCUCUCUUUCUGUAUCUUUUUUUUUUUCUUUCUGUAUUUUUUUUUUUUCUCUCUUCUGUAUGUUUUUUUCUCUUUUCUUUUCUCUCUCUUCUGUCUUGUUUUUUUCUCUCUCUUUCUGUAUUUUUUUUCUCUCUUCUCUUUAUGUUUUUUUCUCUCUCUUUCUUUUGUUUUAUCUUUUUUUUUCUCUUUCUGUAUGUUUUUUUCUCUCUCUUUCUGUAUUUUUUUUUUUCUCUCUUUCUGUUUUUUUUCUCUCUCUCUCUUUUGUUUUUCUCUUCUCUCUUUCUGUCUUUUUUCUUUCUUCUCUUUCUGUAUUUUUUUUCUCUCUCUUUCUGUGUUUUUUCUCUCUCUCUCUUUCUGUUUUUUUUCUCUCUCUUUCUUUCUUUAUUUUUUUUUUUUUUUUCUUUCUUCUUUCUUUUUUUUUCUCUCUUUCUUUCUUUUGUUUUUUCUCUCUUUCUUUCUUUGUUUUUUCUCUCUCUCUCUCUUUCUUUCUUUUUUUCUCUCUCUCUCUCUGUAUGUUUCUUCUCUCUCUCUCUUUUUUUUUCUCUUUCUCUCUUCUGUAUGUUUUUUUUCUCUCUUUCUGUAUGUUUUUUUUUCUCUCUCUCUUUCUCUCUCUCUUUUUCUAUCUUUCUCUCUCUUCUUUCUGUUUUCUCUCUCUCUUUCUGUAUCUAUUUUUUUUUCUCUUUUUUUCUCUCUCUUUCUGUAUUUGUUUUUUUCUCUUUCUUUCUCUCUCUCUUUCUCUUUCUGUAUUUGUUUUUCUCUUCUCUCUCUCUCUCUUUCUGUAUGUUUUUUUUUUUUCCUUUCUCUCUCUUUCUGUAUUUUUUCUCUCUCUCUGUUUUUUUCCUCUCUUUCUUUCUUUUUUUUUUCUCUCUCUUUCUCUUUUUCUCUCUCUUUCUGUAUUUUUUCUCUCUCUUUCUGUAUGUUUUUUUUUCUCUCUCUUUCUGUAUUUUUUUCUCUCUUUCUGCUUUUUUUUUUUUCUCUUUCUGUAUGUUUUUUUCUCUCUCUUUCUGUAUCUUUUUCUCUUUCUCUCUCUUUUUUUUUUCUCUCUCUUUCUGUAUGUUUUCUCUCUCUCUUUUUUUUUUUUCUCUCUCUGUUUCUUUUUCUCUCUUUCUUUGUUUUUUCUCUCUUUCUGUAUUUUUUUUCUUUUUUUUUUCUUUCUCUCUUUUGUUUUUUUUUCUCUCUUUCUGUAUUUUUUUUUUUUCUCUCUCUGCUUUGUUUUUCUCUCUCUUUUUGUUUUUUCUCUUUUUUCUUUUUUCUCUCUCUCUUUCUGUAUUUUUUUUUUUUCUGUUUUUUUCUUUCUCUUUCUCUCUCUUCUCUUUUUUUUUUCUCUCUCUCUCUCUCUUUCGUAUUUCUUUUUUCUCCUCUCUCUCUUUCUUUCUUUCUUUUUUCUCUCUCUCUCUUUUCUCUCUUUUUUUUUCUCUCUCUCUCUCUUUCUGUAUUUGUUUUUUUCUCUCUCUUUCUCUCUUUCUGUCUUUUUUUCUCUCUCUUUCUGUAUUUUGUUUUUUCUCUCUUCUCUCUCUUUCUGUAUUUUGUUUUUUUUCUCUCUCUUUCUGUAUUCUUUUUUUUUCUCUCUCUCUUUUUCUUUUUUUUCUUUCUCUCUCUUUCUUUUUUUUCUCUCUCUCUACCUUUCUGUCUUUUUUCUCUCUUUUGUUUUUUUUCUCUCUCUCUUUCUGUAUCUUUUUUUUCUCUCUCUCUUUCUGUAUGUUUUUUUUUCUUUUCUCUCUCUGUUUUCUCUUUCUCUCUCUUUCUUUGUUUUUUUUUUUCUUUCUUUUCUUUCCUCUUCUCUCUUCUUUUUUUUUUUCUCUCUCUUUCUGUAUUUGUUUUUUCUCUUUCUUUUUCUCUCUCUUUUUUUUUUUUUUCUCUCUCUCUCUCUCUUUCUGUCUUCUUCUUUUUUUUCUCUCUUCUGUAUUUUUUUUUUUCUUCUCUCUCUUUCUGUAUUGUUUUCUCUCUCUCUUUCUGUUUCUGUCUUUGUAUUUUUUUUACUCUCUCUCUCUUUCUGUUUGUUUUUCUCCUCUUCUCUCUUUUCUCUUUCUUUCUCUCUUUCUCUUUCUGUCUUUUGGUUUUUCUCUCUUUCUGUCUUGUGGUUUUUCUCUCUUUCUGUGUUGUGGUUUUUCUCUUCUUCUCUCCUCUUCUCUCUCUUUCUGUAUUUUUUUUUUUUUCUUCUUUCUCUCUCUUUUUCUGUACUUUAUUUUCUUUUACACAUAUUUGUGCGAUACCGCCCUCAUUUGA